GGCUAAAGGGGAGGGGCCUGGAUGAUCGGACCUUUCAGGAGCGCGUCACUCGGUCGGGCUGCGGUGCUCCCUAGAGUCCUGGUGUCCCUUUUCGUGUGGCCGGUCUCCGUUUCAGUAGCCGUGACACCAUGGCUGUGCUUGUCGCUCUCCUGUCCUUGUUGGUGGCGGGUGCUUUAGGGAAUGAAUUUAGCAUAUUAAGAUCACCAGGGUCUGUUGUUUUCCGAAAUGGAAAUUGGCCUAUACCAGGAGAUCGAAUCCCAGACGUGGCUGCACUGUCCAUGGGCUUCUCUGUGAAGGAAGACCUCCCUUGGCCAGGGCUUGCCGUGGGUAACCUAUUCCACCGGCCACGGGCUACCAUUAUGGUGAUGGUGAAAGGAGUGGAGAAGCUGGCUCUCCCUGCGGGCAGUGUCAUCUCCUACCCUUUGGAGAAUGCGGUUCCUUUCAGUCUUGACAGUGUUGCAAAUUCCAUUCACUCCUUAUUUUCUGAGGAAACUCCUGUGGUUUUGCAGUUGGCUCCCAGUGAGGAAAGAGUGUAUAUGGUGGGGAAAGCAAACUCCGUCUUUGAAGACCUUUCAGUCACAUUACGGCAGCUCCGCAAUCGCCUGUUUCAAGAAAACUCUGUUCUCAGCUCACUUCCCCUCAAUUCUCUGAGCAGGAAUAAUGAAGUUGACCUGCUCUUUCUUUCCGAACUACAAGUGUUGCAUGAUAUUUCGAGUUUGUUGUCUCGACAUAAGCAUCUGGCCAAGGAUCAUUCUCCCGACUUGUAUUCACUGGAGCUGGCCGGUUUGGAUGAACUUGGGAAACGUUAUGGGGAGGACUCUGAACAAUUCAGAGAUGCUUCUAGAAUCCUUGUUGAUGCUCUCCAAAAGUUUGCAGAUGACAUGUACAGUCUCUAUGGCGGGAAUGCAGUGGUAGAGUUAGUAACUGUCAAAUCAUUCGACACAUCCCUUGUGAGGAAGUCAAGGACCAUCCUUGAGUCAAAACAAGAGACCUCCCAAACUCCCUAUAACCUUGCAUACAAGUAUAGUCUGGAGUAUGCGGUGGUUUUCAACUUGAUCCUGUGGAUUAUGAUCGGCUUGGCCUUGGCUGUGAUUAUCACCUCUUACAACAUUUGGAAUAUGGACCCAGGAUAUGAUAGCAUCAUUUAUAGGAUGACAAACCAGAAGAUUCGAAUGGAUUGAGGUUUCCUUAUGUUAGACUUAGACAACAGAUUUGGUGAUUGGCUCUUUUGGUAAAGUAUAUCUUUCGAUGUGGUUUAAAGUAGACAGUAUACUUUAAAUUUAUUUUUUAAAAAAAAUCCAUAGAUUUUGUUCUCUAUUUUGUGUGUGCCUGUGGUUUCUUUAGAGUGAUUUAUAGUAUUGACAAAUUAUAUUGUGAUAUAGAUUCCAUAAUAUGCUCAAAUAUUGUUGACAUAGCCGUAUAAUAAUGUAAUUUCAUUCCAUUUAAUACAUUUGGAAAUAUGCACUGAAGGAAAUGUAACCCACUUAGAAUAGUGUGUUAGUCCUGUUGGAGAGUGCACUGGGUUUCUGAGAGAAGCUUUCCAUGCUUGAGUUCCUUGUGCAGGCUAGCUAAAUCCUAGGAACCAUCUGUAAAUGUCUUAAUCUGAUGUAAAUAUCUCUGAGACAGGAGGAAAGACUUUCACUAAGAGCAGCCCAAAAAUAUUGAAUAUGCUUAUACAAUCGCUCAGUUCUGGAAGUGUAUGUGAUUGGCAGGCUAGCUGUUUUUAGUCUCUUCUGCAAGUUUGAUGAUCUGUGUGGUUUAGUAGAAACAUUAAAAAAUAUUUAAAAAAUACUCUGUUGAUUUUAGAAGAGACUAGCUUUGUGGAGUGUAGAUGCUUGUAAUUAGAUAUAUAAAAACAAACCUGUGGGGGCUAUCUUGAAGCAUGAAUAUAGGAUAUUUUUAUUCCCCUAACCUUCCCCCUGUGAAGUUACCCUGGUUUGUGUGUAUGUGGUACAGCUUGAAUUUGUAGACUCUUAUGUGGAAGUGGAUGGUUGCUACCGUUCAUGUGGAAAUGGACCAAUAUCUAUAUAGAGUGACAAAUAAAGGUAAUGAUUCCAAA